UAGGUGUUGCACUAAGAAAUAUUAAUAAUGCCACUGCUGGAGGCACCUGCGGACUACCUGGAGUCCUCUCCGGAUCAAUCGCUUCAGGCGGAACUGCCCAUCCUUCUGGCACCGCCAGGACCGGCCGCCUUGGCCCAGGUCCGGAUGCCUCCGCCCGAGGUGCGGCUCAAUCAGCAGAAUCCCGCACAGCAGCAGCAGCAGCGGAUGCAGUUCAACCGCCGCCAACUGGGUCGCCGGAACUCCUUCGAUCGGGAUGUGGCCAUUGCCGAGGAGGAACAGCACCUUCCGGCCUUCGUCCACCUGCUGCCCGUGGUGCUACCCCAACAGGGCCCGGAACCGACACUGGACGAGCUACUGCGCCGAGUGACGCAACGCACGGAUCUGGAGGCGGUGGAGCAAGUGCGUCUGCGCGUGAUCUCUUACACAGUCAGCCUGUCCCGCCUGUCGCUCUUCCUGCCGCGCCUCCAAUCCCUCGACCUGAGUGGCAGUGUGCUGAGCUCCCUGCGCGACCUGGGCUAUGGACUCCUCCAGCUAACCCGGUUGGACAUCAGCAACUGCGGCCUGAAUAGCUUCGACGGCACCAGUGGACUGCCGGCCAUCCGUGUGCUCAUCGCCGAUGGAAACAUGAUCCAGCGGGUUGAUCCGCUGGCCGAACUGGUCCACCUGCGCGUUCUCAAGGCAAGGAACAACCGGAUCAGUGAGCUGGGCCUGCUCUCCUUCUUGGGAAUGUGCCCGCAGCUGCAGGAGGUGGAGUUGCAGGGCAAUCCCGUGUGUCGUUUACCGCUCUACCGCUCGCUCCUGGCGCGCAGUGUGCCCACGUUGCAACUGUUGGAUGGACGGGUGUUGAACGGUGAACCUGCUCCGGUGGAGAUGGAGGAGGCCACAUCCCCGGCAUCAAGUGAUCUGGAGUCUGGCUCCGAGACGACUGCACAACGGCCGAACACGGCGCCUGCUCCGGAACCCGUUCCUAUCGCCUUGAAUGCUGCCAUCCGGCGCCAAGUGUCGGCCAGCUCUGGCUCCACUCCAGUGGCCGGAUCGGUUUUGAGCCUGGUGCGCCAGCGGCGAAGGCGCAGUGGCCACGCCUGGGUCAGUUCCUCCUCCUCCAGCGGAUCGUCUUCCGCCUCCUCUGCCCGAUCCACGCGGGCGCCAUCAAUGAGCUCCUGCUCCUCCAACAGCAGCCUCGACGUCCAAUCAUCGUCCCAUUAUGUCUUCAGCACACAGUCAACGCUGGACUAGACCACACUGCAAAAAAGUUAAUAUUUUAUACACAAUAAUAUUAUUGACCAUAUGAAUCAGGAUUCUAAAUCCUGACUGAACUGGUUAUACCAGAAACAAACAAAAAAUCAAAAUUAACAAGCUUGAGAGCUUGUUGAAUAAAUACACACAAUUACUUCAUG